AUGGUGCAAGGAACAGCCGAAGGUGGAAAGCCAGGUGAAGAUUCUGGCGGGUCGCGGCAUUUGCUGGGCGGAUUAUGGCCGAUUGGAGCGGCGCGUCGCGUGUCGCGUCAUGCUCGCACGCAGGAGACUGGCGAACAGAGUGCACGUGCAUCGGCUUCAGCUGUAGCACGCGCAUCAUUCAGUGCUUCAAGACAAGCAGCACGCUACCACCAGCAGCAGCACGACCAACAGCCGCAGCAGCAGCAGCAGCAGCAGCAGCAGCAGCAGCAGCAGCAGCAGCAGCAGCAGCAGCAGCAGCAGCAGCGGCAGCAGCAGCAGCGGCAGCAGAAGCAGGAGCAGCAGCAGCGGCGGCAGCAGCAGCAGGAGCAGCAGCAGCAGAGGCGGUAUCCAUCACUCGUUGUCGCAUCUGAAGCUGUGAAUAACGCCCUCCUGCCGGUCCAAUCAGCUGCCAGCACAGCUUCUCCACGUGGCAUAUUAAAGAGCAGCCCACGUGGCAUGCCAGAGAGCAGUCCACGUGGCAGGUCAGAGAAGCACCCUCCGCCCAGAAGCAGCUCCAACGGAUUCCAAUUUCACCCCUCAAACAACUUCCGCUUCCCUCCCUCCAGUGUUGGCAGCAGAAGCUUUCCUUCCCCCCCAUCCCCCCCGUUCUGGGCCCCCGCCGCCCACUCCCCCAUCUCCGCUUAUUCGGCCCACUCCCCCAUCUCCGCUUAUUCGGCCCACUCCCCCAUCUCCGCUUAUUUGGCCCACUCCCCCAUCUCCGCUAAUUCGGCCCACUCCCCCAUCUCCGCCCACUCCGCGCAGUCCCCCUCCCGUUCCCUCCAUUCCCCCGCAUCAGCACAGUCCGCCCUCUCCGGCCUUUCAACACAACCGCGCCACGCGCGUGCAGGCUCUCUCUCCUUGCGAUUUGACGGGCGCAUUGAGUCAGCCCACUCCGCCCUCUCCCCCUUUUCAGCACAACCGCGCCACACACGCGUGGGUUCUCUCUCCCUGCGAUCCUCCUACGCGCCCUGCUCACCUCUCUCUGCUUCCGCAGUUGCCUCCGCUGCUCCCUCUCCGGCGUCUGAGCCUGGGUGGUCGCGCAGGUGGGGCAGCAGGAGCUUCCACUUGGAGCUCUAUAACGCGGAUGCUGGCCCCUGCAGCACUCAGAAUCUAUAUAGCUUUGGUGCUCCGGAUCAGCAGCAGAAGCAGCAGCAAGAUCGACAGCAGCACCGAAAUUAUUGCCAAAACCAACCCCAGCAGCAGCAACAGCAGCAGCAGCAGCAGUAG